GUGGAGCGAAACCACCGAGUGGAGCGAAACCGAGUGGUGCAGAGCAGCGCCGGCUAAAACGAGCCAGUGGAAAAGAGGCAUAAAUCCCUAAUAAUCGGCCGCAGUUGAAGGAGACGACAUGCAGUCAAUCUUACCUGUUCUCGGCUUGGAUUGGAUAGACAGCAGGAGUCUUUUCAUAUUUGUGUUUGUUUUUCUGCUGCUGACCGACGUUUUGAAGAACAGAGUGCCAAGAAACUUUCCACCCGGACCCAGGUCCCUUCCUUUUAUUGGAGAUCUUCAUCGCAUUGAUCCUUCUCGGAUGCACUUGCAGUUUUCUGAGUUUGCAGAAAAAUAUGGGAACAUUUUCAGCCUUCGCCUCUUUGGUGGAAGGAUUGUCAUCAUUAAUGGCUACAAGCUUGUAAGGGAGGCCCUUGUCCAACAAGGAGAAAACUUCGUAGAUCGUCCCAGCAUCCCAAUGUUUGAAGAAUUAGUCGGGAAUAAAGGUCUUGUAGGUUCCAGUGGUUAUCCAUGGAAGACACAUCGGAGAUUUGCUCUUCACACACUCAGAAACUUUGGUCUGGGCAAGAAGACCCUGGAGCGAUCCAUCCAGCAAGAGUGCCAGUACCUCACAGAGGCUUUCACUGAUCAUAAAGGUCAGCCGUUUAAUUCCCAGAUACUGGUAAACAACGCUGUGUCCAACGUUAUCUGCUGUCUGGUCUUUGGGAACAGAUUUGAGUACACUGACAAGCAGCAGCAGGCUAUUCUUCAGAACUUCAAUGAGAUUGUUUGCUUACAGGGAAGCUUAGCAGCACAGAUUUACAAUGUAAUACCUCGGCUGAUGAAGUGGCUGCCCGGGGCUCAUCAGAAGAUAUUCUCUAUAACAAGGGAGAUAAUUGAAUUCAUAGAAAUCAAGAUCAAAGAACACAAAGAGAACCUUGACCCUUCAUCACCAAGAGACUACAUUGACUCCUUCCUCAUAGAGAUGGGAGAGAAAGAAGACGAACCUUCAGGUUUUGAUUUUAAAAAUUUGUGUUUUUGCAUCAUGGAUCUGUUCGGUGCUGGAACCGAAACUACCACCACUACUUUACACUGGGGGCUGCUGUACAUGAUCUAUUAUCCUGACAUACAAGAGCAUGUCCGGGCUGAGAUAGAUGCUGUGAUUGGUCCAUCCAGGCAGCCCUCUUUGACUGACAGAGACAACAUGCCCUACACCAAUGCAGUCAUCCAUGAGAUACAGAGAAUGGGUAACAUCAUCCCGCUCAAUGUGCCCCGAAAAGCAAACAUAGACACUACCCUGGAUAAAUACACAAUUCCAAAGGGCACCAUGGUAUUUGCUAUACUUCACUCUGUCCUCCAUGAUGAGUCGAUGUGGGAGACUCCUCACUCCUUCAACCCUCAGCACUUUCUGGACCAGGAUGGUAAAUUUAGGAAGAGAGACGCUUUCAUGCCUUUUUCUGCAGGUAAACGUGUGUGCCUUGGGGAGCAGCUGGCCAGGAUGGAGUUGUUCCUCUUCUUCACCUCCAUCCUUCAGAGGUUCAAGUUGUUCCCUCCUGCAGGAGAGCAGCCCAGUCUGGAGUUCAGGAUGGGAGGAACUCGCUGUCCCAAACCUUACCGACUCUGUGCCGUACAGCGUUAAAUCAUAAAAACUGAGAGGAAUGAAUUAAAAUGUUUGCUAUAGCUGUCUUGGUGUAAAUCAAAAAUAUGUCUAAUGAAAUAAUUGCUAAUAGAGUCUCCUAAUCACUCAGUUGAUUGUUACAAUUGAGGACUGGCUAGCAGCCAGUGGAACCAGCCUGAUUUUCUUCAGGCAAGAUAUGUGUGAUUAGGACGAUUGAAGUAACACAAGUUUCUGUGACUCAAAUCAGUUUUUAAAAGAAUUUAGAAGAAAAAUUGCAUUUAAUUUAAUUGGGUUUAACAACAGAUAACCAGCCUGAAACAUGUAAUACAUGAGCUUUCAUUGUCUAGUUUGACAAUAAAUAAUCUUUUAUUCCUGUCUCAACAA